CUUGGCCAGAGGAACGGCGGCGAGGAACGGCGUGCGGGAAGGAGACCGCAAGAACCAACGGUAGUGUCUGCACGUGUCGCGUUCGGCUCGUAAUACAACAUGGGAAGGCCAGAUUUUUCACCCCGCGGUGGUGGUUUCCGUGGAGGAAGGGGCGGAGGAGGAGGAGGAUUUUCCCCUAGAGGCCGUGGCGGAGGAGACAGAGGAUUCUCACCGAGGGGAGGACGAGGCGGUGGUGGCGGAGGGGACAGAGGUUUCUCCCCCAGAGGCCGCGGUGGUGGCCGUGGAGGUGGCCGCGGGCGAGGAGGAGGACGUGGAGGCGGACGAGGGGGAUUCAAGGGUGGCAAAAAUGUUAUGGUUGAACCCCAUCGUCACGAAGGAGUGUUCAUUGGCCGCGGAAAGGAGGAUGUUCUCUGUACCAGAAAUCUUGUACCAGGAGAAAGUGUCUACGGAGAGAAACGUAUCAGUGUUGAGCAAGGAACCGACAAGAUUGAGUACCGUGUGUGGAAUCCUUUCCGUUCAAAGUUGGCUGCUGCCAUUGUAGGUGGAAUUGGGAAUAUCUAUAUGCCUCCAGGCUCCAGAGUACUCUACUUGGGUGCUGCUAAUGGCACAACAGUAUCACACGUUUCCGAUGUAGUUGGACCAGAAGGCGUAGUGUAUGCUGUAGAGUUCUCACACCGAUCAGGACGUGACUUGGUAAACAUGGCCAAGAAGCGCACCAACAUUGUACCCAUUGUGGAGGAUGCACGUCACCCUCACAAAUACCGCAUGAUUGUCAGCAUGGUAGACUGUAUCUUUGCUGAUGUUGCCCAGCCUGAUCAGGCGCGUAUUGUGGCCAUCAAUGCCCAGCACUUCCUCAAAGUGAAUGGCCAUUAUGUCAUCUCUAUCAAGGCCAAUUGUAUUGAUUCAACAGCCCCUGCAGAAGCUGUAUUUGCUGGGGAAAUUAAGAAACUUCAGGCCGAUUUGCUCAAGCCUCAAGAACAACUUACCUUGGAACCCUAUGAGAGAGACCACGCAGUUGUAGUUGGUGUAUACAGACCCCCAAAGAAGAAUAAGUAGUGUGUAAAUAGCUAGGUCACAGUUUAAUCAAUAUAUAAUGUAUUAUGUAUGACUGGUAACAGCUAUGCAGCCUCAACUGUUUAUCAUUCCUCUCGAGGAGAUAGGGAAAUUAGGUGGACAUUUGACCUAUUAGGGUUUAUUUUUGAAAAGAUUCUACCUGGAUAAAUGACAAGGAUACAAUAUAUUUAUAGAUAUUGUGCUAAACGGAAAGUAAUUUUCAGUUUUCUCAAUUUGACAGGAAUCUUGUCAUUCAAUUCACUUUGUUUUGAAGAACAGUACUUUUUGAAAACUGGAAAUUGAACUUUUAUUUAGUGUUCUGAUAUGUCCAUUGUUGUAGCUAGUGUGUCAUUGCAUUUUAUAAUAUAGCUUUUAUUAUAAUUGAAAAAUAUCAAUCAUAUCUCCAUAUUAAGUACUGUACACUCAUACCAUAUUGGUAAAUAUAUGUUUGUUUUUUUGAAAA